AUGUCGUCCUCCAUUUCGCCACUCCUCACAGGUGCAUACCAGCCGAUUUACGUUGGCGUGGUCAUUUCAGAUGUGUUGUACGGCAUUGCCUUCGCCCAGACAGUAUGGUAUUAUCGUUCAUAUAAGAAGGACAGAAAGAUGUUUCAAUGGCUUGUGGGAAUUCUCUGGCUUAUUGACACUGCGCAUCAAUGCAUUCUGAAUGCCGUUAUCUGGACUUCCCUGAUCGCUCGCCGUUCUCAGGAUAUACCAACGCGUCUGACCAUUGAACAGAAUUGGAUUAGUACCGUGAUUUACGUCCUUCCUCAUCGUCUCAAAAUCUCACUGGUCUUCCUGUCGCCAGUACCAGGCUUUUCCGAGUUGGGGAAGAGCAAGCUCACCUUUCUCAUUGUACCUGCGGUCACUGCUUUUGGCCUUUCGAUAUGUAUGCCUGUCUCUACGGAACUGACACGCAAACUGAUGCAAAGUCACUCAGCGUACCCUGUCUUGAACAUACAGAACGUGACUUCCCCGUUGACCGCGAGUGGGGUCCAUCUGUCCAAGAUAACAGUAAUCGUGUCUCCUGCAGAUCAUGGUGUCGCUAUCAGCCGUGGCCGCCUGCCUUACCGAUAUAAGCUCCGCAGCGACUAUGUGCUAUCUUCUUCGCCGGUCAAGGUUUGCGAUUACCACCGAAGUACUGUCCUCAGUUGCGCAGAUUAUAAUGAUGACUAUGGUGAUACUCCCGGAAUUCCCCUUCAUCAGGCAGCCGUACUGAUCUACCUUUUGAGGUUGUCGCGCCUCUCGAUCCGUCCCAUCAAGCAGCUCGGGCCGGGGUAUCCUUCAUUCACGGGAAAGGCAUGA